AAUAUUUCUUAUGUGAUGUGCAUUUCACCAUACAAUACAGCUGUAUCAUUUUCGUGUACAUCAUUUUUCUCAGGUAUCUAGAUAUCGCAUACACACCAACCAAACUAUCAUAAAACGCUGCUCAAUUUUAUAUUUGUGGAGCAUUUGUCUACUGCUUAUCCUAUUUGUUUAUGUCACUUAUUGGUGACUGAUCACUUGGAAUAAUGACAGAUUCAACGCAUAGAGAGUUUCUUUAUAAAAGAAGGGUCGAAAUAAAUAGAAGAAUACAGGAGCAAAAAGAAGAGUUUGAGAGGUGGAUUUUAGAACGUCAAAAAAAAAGAGAAAUUCGUAACAGAAAGGAGGUGGACUUGAGCUAUGAUAAAAAAAAAGAUCAUACGGCAUCAAAAAUAGGAAAUGAAGAUUCAAAGCCUGUGAUCGGUGAGAAUACAUCGAAGCCCAGUAAAGGGCUCGACGAGUAUCAGAUUGAACCAAAGAGCUAUUCUUGGAGAUUAAAUCGCGAGAAGCCUACUAAGUCAGAUAGAUGUGCAUCUACUUCAUCUACCUAUUCAUCUAGUGAUAGGAGACAAAUAGACCAGCGUCAAUCUGGUUUGCAAGUAUUGCUGAAAAAUGAGGACGAGAAGACGAACAGAGUUGCUAAACCAAGCAGGUCGGUCAGUCAUUCAAUUACUGGCAAGAAGGAUCCUCUAGAACUAGGUGUUUCCGGCAGUCAGGUAGAAGAAAAGUCAGGCACUGAUAAACGAAGGAACAAUCAACAAACAACAGAUGGCAAUUAUGGCAGUAGCUCAAUGAAGGAUCUCAUAAAUCAAAGUGCAGAAACUACCACUGCCCACCGCCUGACGUUUUUAUCUAAUGCCGUUGAUACAAAUAAAAUGAAUUCUUGUAGAUUUAACAGAAACGAUACUUCAGCCCGGAAGCAGAGUCUAUCAGGUAAAGCAGAUAUCCCUCUAACUAAAAAAGAGGAUUCAGAAGUUGGCCGUGAUAGCGAUAAGUCUCCUACUGGACUUUCUGUUGAAGAACAACUAGGCAACUUAAAUUUAGACAAUCGUGACCCCAAAUCUGGAAAUUUAGAUAAUGGUAAUAACGCAAAAGAUGAUAAGACCCUUUCAGAGUCUGCGUCAACAAGGCCAGCGGAACAGUGUGAUAGAUCUGCAUUCAAAAGAGAGACAAAAUGCAAUGCAAAGGAAACUAUGUGCCCCAUUGAGGCGAAGCAACCCAUAAUUGUUUCUACAACACCUUCACAUACUUUGAAAGACACUAAAGAAGCUAUUGACAAUAAUUCUGCAGUAGGAAAUAAGCGUACUAACAUCAACUCGGGUAAAUCAAAAAGAAAAAAUAGUUUAAGGAAAAAAAUUUCUACUAAAUCUCGUCUUAUUGCCUCUGUUGCUUUUCCAAAUACCAAGCGUCUUAGUAAAAAGCAAGUGUUUUGUAUUGCCCAUGGCGACACCUAUUUACCAGAUACAGCUUUGAUUUUAUCUCACCUUAUAGCAGAAGGACGUCUUACACGUCAGUGCUCAACUGAAAUUUUAACUCGAACACGUCAUAUUUUGAUGAAUGAAAAAAAUGUUUUGUAUAUCCGAGCGCCUAUCUAUAUCAUUGGAGAUAUCCAUGGCCAAUUUUAUGACCUCGUUCGGAUUCUUGAACUAGUUGGCCUCCUUGGAUCUGGGCGACACCAUUACCUGUUCUUAGGAGACUAUGUAGACCGUGGGAUGUUUAGCUGCGAGGUUUGCUUUUUGCUUUUUGCUUUCAAGAUCAGAUAUCCGGAUAAGGUGUUUUUAUUGAGAGGAAAUCAUGAGACCCGUGCCAUGUCUUCUUAUCAUAACUUUCAAAAAGAGGUUAUGUACAAGUAUGAUGCGAAGAUGUACGAACUGUUUAUGGAGGUGUUCGACCAUCUACCCUUGGCUGCCGUAGUUGAAGCGCCCAAUUUGGAUCGUUUCUUUUGUGCGCACGGCGGAAUUUCGCCUCACUUCAAAACGAUCGAAGAAAUCCAGUGUAUAGAUCGAGUUCAGGAGCCCCCUGAUGAAGGGCCUAUAUGUGAUCUUGUGUGGAGCGAUCCAGUAAAUGACGACAAGUUCUAUAAUCAAAAUUUUUCUAGAAAUAAGGAUCGAGGUUGCUCAUUUGUUUAUGGCUAUAACUCCAUCAUUGAUUUUUUAGAGGAUAAUUGCCUCAAGGCAAUCAUAAGGGCCCACCAAGUGGAAGAAAUGGGAUACAAAGAAAUAUACUUUUCACAAGCACCACCCGACUACAAGAUGCCUUUGGUUAUUACAGUUUUUUCAGCUCCUAAUUAUUGUGACCUUUAUGAAAACAAGGGUGCUUAUCUCGAGCUUCUAGAUACGCAUUAUCAGCUCCAUCAAUAUACCUGGAAAGACCAUCCGUAUUAUCUUCCAGAUUUUAGUAACGCAUUUGCAUUUACACUGCCGAACGUUUUCGAAGUAAUAAUAAAGGUCCUCAUCAAAAUAUUAGAAAGGCUUAGUACAAUAAAAAUCGACAAGGAAUCCGACGCUCGUAUUCAAGACACGAUUUCAAGAUUAAACAAAAAGUUCUCAGUUGCUCGCAAGAUGCAUAAUGAAAAUAAUGCUAAACUUACCACGCUAACCCAACGUAUCGAAAAGGAAGCCUCAUUACUUAGUCCAGACUUGCAGGAUGUACUCAAUGUCUUGAAGGUUAAAUCCUCGACCACUCGAUCAAAGCGGUUAUCACGUAUGACAAGUGACCUCUCGGGUCUAAUCAAAUCUUCUCAUUCACGAUUCUUGAUAAUGAAAAAUAUAGAUCGUGAAAACGAAGGGUAUCACUCUAAUACAAAGUGGAAGAGUAAAUUCAGUUCUCUUGACAGAGCGAUCAGUUUCAAAGUAUAAAUAGCUAUUUAUUAGAGACAUGUGUUGAUACUUUAUAUUAUUUUAUAUAUAAUAUAUAACGUUGCCUAUUUACGUUUUUAAUUUA